UCACCGUUAUUUGAGCUCUCACAGUCAACGCCUUUCAUACAUUAAACAAAGCUCAGAUUGCGCACAAGAUUUACUAUUUUAAUUUCUACACAUUCAUUUCUGAUCACAAUUUCUUCAUGGAGAUUCGUGCUUCAAAGUCUCUUGAGUUCUUGUGGGAGAGAGUUGGAGUGUGUGUUAAAUUUUGCCCAGGAAGAUGGGUUUGGCUCCAGCUUGAUGCAAGUUCCUGGAGAUUCUUCAUCUGGGUUGAAGAACUGAGAACAGAGAGGACGGAAUUAGAGCUUGGCUGGAGUUUUCGGCUUCAUUAAGGAUGAGGAGGUCAUGCCUUCCCAAAUGCAGAUUUGGUAGGAUAAUGGGAUGGCUCCAGAUCUUAUUGGGAGGGCUUGUUAUAAUUGUCAGCAUAUCCAGCCUCUUCAAGUUCUACGCUGCUGGAUUUUUCUUGCGCAAUGAAGACAUAUGCCGACAUGUUUAUGGGGUCAGAGAUGAAUAUGGGGGCUUCGACAUAAAAGCUCUGUCUGAUCGAGUAGGGGAAGUGCUAAACAAAUUGGAUAGUUUACAAGAAAAGCUUGAGUCAGCUGUGCAGCAAAUGGAGAAGAACAAAGAUGUCUUGCAUACAACUAAUAUCACAAAACUGGAGUUCAAGAAGUAUCUGGAGGAGCAAGUAAUCAGGCCUCUUUAUAGUGCUCACAUUUCUCUGAGACUGAUUCGGUUACCUAACCCAGAAGGUGUUAGAAACUCAACAAUGAAAGAGGAACCUUUGAUUAAUACUUUUGUGAUUGAAGAGAUAAGGAAGUAUAUAACCCCAAAGGAGAGUAGAAUUGGGAAGAUUAAUAUAUAUGGUACAGAGAGGAUAUACAAUACGAUUGGACAUGCUUGUGUGUUGUACAAGAAAGAGUUGGAAGAGUACAUGAACUAUGACAUCGGAUCUUAUUGUAACGAUGAUUGGAACUUGGCUCAGAAGCUGAUGUUUAAUGGUUGUGAUCCUUUGCCGCGGAGGCGAUGUUUGACAAGGGCCUCAAAGGUCUAUCAGAAGCCUUAUCCGAUCAAUGAGUCUCUGUGGAAAUUGCCGGAUGACAGAAAUGUGCGGUGGAGCAAUUAUCAGUGCAGGAACUUUCAGUGCUUGAUGAGCAAUAACUCCAAGAGGGGCUAUUCAAAGUGCGUAGGAUGUUUUGAAAUGGAGAAGGAAAAGCUUAAAUGGAUGAUUACCAAUAAAUCGCUACCAGUUGAUUUCCUGAUCAGUGAAAUUUUGGCUAUUAAGCCUGGGGAGAUAAGAAUUGGUCUUGACUUUGGUGUUGGCACAGGAACUUAUGCUGCAAGAAUGAGAGAAAAUAAUGUUACAGUAGUCUCUACUGCUCUUAACCUUGGGGCUCCUUUCAAUGAAAUGAUUGCAUUAAGAGGUUUGGUUCCGCUGUAUGUAACAUUGAAUCAGCGUCUACCUUUCUUUGAUAAUAUAAUGGACUUGAUUCAUACCGCUGGGUUUCUGGAUGGCUGGAUUGACCUGCAGUUGCUGGAUUUCAUCCUGUUUGAUUGGGACCGAAUUCUGAGGCCCGGCGGAUUGUUAUGGAUUGACCGGUUCUUCUGCAAUAAAAAGGAUUUGGAUGAUUUCAUGUAUAUGUUUCUGCAGUUGAGAUACAAGAAACACAAGUGGGUUAUUUCUCCCAAAUCAAAGGAUGAGGUCUACUUUUCUGCAGUGUUAGAGAAACCUCCAAGAGCAAUCUGAUCAAUUCAUUUCAUUAAUAUACUUAAACACUAAUUCAACAUUUACAUCCGGGCCAAUUAUAUUAUAACAAUAGGGGAAGUGGGGAACCUCUUUUUGCACCCUUACAGAAGAAAAGGAGCAGAAAGACUGCAGGAAAAUAGACCAAGUAAUUCAUAAUGUAUGCUCCACUUAUCUUUUCAGUCGUUGAUUCCUUUCUUCAAUUCAUGAGUUGUUUUUGUCAUGGAUAAUACUUGGUGCACAACCGGGAUCAAAGCAUAAUCAAUUUCGGAGUCUUGGGUCAUGCGUGAUCAAAGAAAAAUGGUCUUCACAUUGGUUUGUACCAUAAUUCAAACUCUCACCAGUCACCACCAUGCUUGGUCAAUAGUUUGAGCUAUAAAUUUUCAUUUUCCUGAAUUGAACUUUCUCAACAUGAAUCCUGUAAAACUGAUAAAGAAAUUCAG